AUGUCUAACAUCCCUCCUCCGCCGCCACACGCAUCUUAUGCAGCGGCCGCGCCUUCAUCAGAGGUACCCGCCAUGCUACUGAAAUCUCCUCUUCAUAAACACCCAGCGCCUAUUGCGUGGGUCCACCCGAACGCUGGCCAUCUGGCACCCUUCGUGCAACCCACCGAUAGCGCCCCGACGGUCGCAAGAUACGUCGAAUGCGUCCUCUGCAACGUGGUACACACAGCAUGGCUCGGAAUCAACGCAGCGGGAGUAGUGACGCUGACCAUCAGAGACGUCCCAACGAGCACGUACGCGCGCACGCACACGCUCAUGCCGAUCCAACCGUCGAUCAUCGCAGGGCACCAUAUACUCUGCUACCCAGGCUCUCGGGAAGAUUUGGUGCGCUACCCGCCGCGGGCUGUCUGGACACAGCACCCACCUGGCAAUCCGACUGCAGCAACAGCAGCAGCGCAAUACGCGAUGGGACCGUCGGCAGCACCGAGUCACAGCCCUGCUACCCUCCACCUUCAGAUAGCUCUGGGUUCUGCAACAGCCGGCAUGCAGGAACAUACACAUCGUGCAACUGCACCCCAAGCAGGACCAUACCCUGCUCCUCGUCAACAGGAGCAAGGGCCGUCGCAUCAUAUGCAGGCAGGCCCGUCCUCUGCAGUUGUGCAAGGGCGGAGCACGCGCACGGACGAUGCGCGCAAUGCACGCCCUGCCCCCGGGACACCCUACCCGCCAACGCAUGCCGCGGGCACCACGAAGUCGAGGCACGCGCCUCCGACGAGCAACCCGCCUCCGACGAGCGCCCCGCCUGCCGCACCAGCGGCCCCCCACGGCCGGGACAUGACCCCAGCCGAACGUGCAGCGGACUGGUCGAAGUAUUUGACUGACGUUCUCCUGCUCAGCAAGAGGGGCCCGGACGGGGCGCCGCCCCAGCUCCCGGCCCGCGUUGUCGCCCAAGAGCUCGGGCAGGUGCUCGGAGAAAUCGAGGCGCAUCGAGACGAGAUGAACGUGGAGGUCAUCCUGCGCUCGCGGCUCUGGCACCCGCUGAAGGAACUCGCGGACCAGCGCGUCUGGACCCAACCGCUGGAGCCGGCCGCACGCGCCUACGACGUGCUCGAGCACUGGAAGACGCGUUUCUCGAUGUUCAAGUCCGUCAUGAUCAUGAUCGCACGCAACGAAGACGGGCCCCCGAACGCCACGCAGCAGAUGUGA